AUGGAAUAUAAUGGACGCAAAUUCAAUAAUGCUAAUUGUAUGCUAAUUUUUCGACCAAAGACUUGCAGACAUGCAAAUUUUAUGCAAUUAGUUAUCUUGCUUAUCUUGCUUUUCUUGCUUAUGAUGGAGCCUCUGCUUUUCUUGCUUAUGAUUGUGUUCCCCAGUAUUGUUAAACCAAUUAGCAAAGCAGCCAAUGAUCAGGUCUGCCCAGUUCAAAGGUGCAGGCAUGAUGGUCCUGAUAUCAAGUUUCCAUUCCGUCUACAACACUAUCCCCUUCACUGUGGCCAUCCAGAGUUUGAGGUUUCCUGCAGCAGCUUCACCAACAUGACCAUGAUGAAGCUUUCCUCAUCAUCAGGAUUCUUUCCAAUACAAACAAUCGAUUACGAGAGUCAACAGUUUCGUGUGUAUGAUCAGGAUGGUUGCCUCCCGAGACGCCUUCUUAAUUUUACCGUCUCCUCCUCGCUCUUUCAACCAGCAGUUGUGAGUGAAGAUUCCGUUUGCGGUUACGAUUACAUGAGGUCGAAGACCAUGACGUUGUUAAAUUGUACCACGGCACAAAAUUUUAGCACAUCCACCACACCUGCUGACACCCCCUUGUGGAAGUACAUGGCGAUCAAAUGUCUCAGUGACCCAGGGCAUUAUCAAGUUCUGGCUACUACUGAGUAUUUUACAAUGUCUGACUUGCCAAUAGACUCUUGCUCUACUUUGUCAGAACUCUUUCUUCCAGUUCGACAUAUACAGGGUGAUCAUAUGUAUGCUUGUGAACAAGACCCUGGUUUAUAUCUGAAAUGGAAUGAGUCGAAAUUCCCAGAAUGUCAAAACUGUAGUGGAAGGUGCUAUUUCAAUUACACCACCAACCAAGUCUUGUGUUAUCCUCCCAUUCCCAGACAAAAACACAAAGGUCUAUCAACUAGGUUUAUUGUCAUCGGAGUGAGCGUAUGUGGGCUUGUUGUCUUGUCAACUACAGCGGUAGCCGCCUUUUACCAUUUAAAGCAAUCAAAGAGGAGAGAGGAAAAGGAGAAUCAAAGAAAGGUUGAAAAGUUCUUGGAUGAUCACAAGUCCCAUGUACCAACAAGAUACUCCUAUGCUGAUAUAAAGAAGAUGACAAGAGGAUUCAAGAAGAAGUUAGGUGAAGGAGGUUUUGGAAGUGUUUUCAGUGGAAAGCUUCCCAGUAAUGGGGUGCCAGUUGCUGUAAAAGUCCUCAAGGAUUCUAAAGGAAGUGGAGAAGACUUUGUUAACGAAGUGGGAACCAUUGGCAGAAUUCACCAUGUUAACGUGGUUCGACUACUUGGGUUUUCAGCUGAAGGAGGGAAGCGUGCUCUUAUUUAUGAGCUCAUGCCAAACAAGUCCCUAGAGAAGUUCAUCAAAUCUAGAGGAUCAAAUAAUAGCAGCAGUUCAUUUAACUGGGAGAAACUUUGCAACAUCAUCACAGGUAUAGCAAAGGGAAUCGAGUACCUUCACCAAGGGUGUGACCAGAGGAUUCUCCACUUUGAUAUCAAGCCUCACAAUAUCUUGUUAGACCAUGCCUUUAAUCCAAAAAUUUCUGAUUUUGGUCUGGCUAAACUCUGUUCCAGGGAAGAUAGUGUUAUAUCUAUGACUGCUGCCAGAGGCACUAUAGGCUACAUUGCACCUGAAGUAUUUAAUGGCAACUUUGGAACUGUCACCUACAAAUCUGAUGUGUAUAGUUUCGGGAUGCUGGUGCUUGAAGUUAUUGGAGCCAGGAAGGAAACUGCUGUUACAUCUAGCGACAAUGAGGUGUAUUUUCCUGAAUUGAUUUUCAAGUGUCUGAUCCAGGGAGAAGAGUUGGAUUUGGAGCUAGCUGAUGAUGGAGAUGCGCAGAUUGCUAAGAGAUUAGCAAUUGUGGCACUUUGGUGCAUCCAGUGGUACCCAGUGUAUCGCCCUUCCAUGAAAGCAGUUGUAAGAAUGCUGGAAGGACCCUCUGAAAGCUUGAUCAUGCCACCCAAUCCGUUUGCUUCCACAACUCAGAUGGAACCAACAACAACCCUAUCAAGUUAAUUAGAAAAAAUUUUAAGUGAUUUCACUGAUCAUGCUCGUCUACAUGCCUGCAUUCUAAAGGUGUACUGGUGUUGAUCCUAAAAUAAUCCACUGCAAAUAGUUUUUGUUAAAUUGUAUCUCAGUGAAUGUUUCAAUAUUGUUACUAGCUAUCAGUUAAUAAAUGACUACUUCAGAGAAAGGAAAAUUCGCCUUUUAUGUGGUACAUG